CGUUGUGGUUCUGUGUCAACAUGGCUGCACACGCUGGAGACAAGCGUUGUUUGGAGCAUUUAGAUGAAUAUGACCCAAAACCGGCAAAACAGCAAAAAAAAAUUAACGAACAGAUGACGGAAAAGCGUCUUGUUGUUGUUUUAGAAGGGGCCACUCUUGAAACCGUAAAGGUAGGAAAGACAUUUGAGUUGCUGAACUGUGAUCAACAUAAGAGUAUGAUCAUAAAAAGUGGAAGAGACCCUGGGAAGAUUCGCCCUGAUAUCACUCAUCAGUGCCCGUUGAUGUUACUGGACAGUCCUUUGAACAGAGCUGGACUGCUUCAAGUGUACCUUCACACAGAGAAGAAUGUUUUGAUCGAGAUCAACCCACAGACAAGAAUUCCUCGCACUUUUGCACGAUUUUGUGGACUAAUGGUCCAGCUGCUGCACAAGCUGAGUGUGAGAGCAGCAGAUGGUCCUCAGCGUUUGUUAAAGCUGAUUAAAAAUCCAGUGUCGGACCACCUGCCACCUGGAUGCCCCCGAUAUUUGACAUCGUUCAAAGCAGGAGAUGCUGUUUGUCCCAGAACGGUUGUCCCUAAAGAUGGACCUGCCGCUGUUGUCAUUGGAGCGUUUGCACAUGGAACAGUGAAUGUUGACUACACAGAGAAGACAGUGUCCAUCAGUAACUAUCCUCUGUCUGCAGCUCUGACCUGUGCCAAGAUGUGUUCAGCGUUUGAAGAGGUUUGGGGAGUGUUAUGACAAAACCAAACUGUUAUGAACUGUCAGGAACGGACCUUUGGACUGUGCUGUGUGUAUGUAUACAGUCCAUGCCUUGGAGCAAAAAUUGUGUUAUAUGACGGCACAACAGAGGAGAAUAUUUCAUGAAUUAUAACACAGUUUUAACUCGCACUGACGCAAACCGUUAUACCCUUUAAAGUGUGGGGUAUUAAACUUCAGUUUCAUUUUGUUUAAGUUUAUACAUUUAACAAUAAACCCAGAUUUGCAUAUAUGAAACAACACUUUGCCUUUUUUCUCCUUACAGUAAACAAUAGCGUACAACAGCGGGCCACUUUUUCAGCAGCCUUGGUUUUUGUAAGUCUAUUCAAAAUGUCCAUGUUAAAGGAGUAUAAGCCAUAAAUAAAAUCAAUCAGUGAUACGGUGAAUCAGAACAUUACAUUACUAUUAGGCAAAAAAAAAAGGGAAAAUCAGACAAAAAGAUAAAGGUACAGGGCUGUACUUAAUGGCUUUGAGGGGAUAAUAAAACUACAAUCCCAUUAAGCAUUCUGAAUGACAAUAAAAAUGGAGAAAUAUAAAUUCAAAGUUGUUGAUAUGAAUAACAACGGUGUUUAGGAUAGAUAGAUUUUGAGAGCAUAGCAAGACAAUUAUGUUAUUCACUGUGCUUCGUGGGAGUGAAAAAUUGCAAAUUGUGGCUCUGAUUGAUAGAUUUUUUUUGUGUGUGUGAAAUCAUGGGCAGUGUAAUUUUUCAACAGGAAUUCUGCUGUUAAACUCAGUUCUUUAAAAAUGAAAUUGAAAUGAUGUAAACUGAUGCCUUCGGGAAAAGCACGUGCCACUGAUUAACAACCCCAAGUUCACAUCAGGUCUGUCUUUGAAGGUUUGUAAGUUAUCAUUAAAAAUCAAUUCCCUUAUAGAGAAUAUGAAAUAAUUUUUAACCUCUAGACCGGGACCUGACUUUUGCACUCACCUGGUUUUAUUGAGCAUUCUGAAAUGUUAUUUUGAAGUUCUCUUUUAAAUGUCUCUUCACUUUUUGAAAUGUUCUGGUUUAUCACAAUUGUCUUAUGGUUGUACUGUAGCUUUAAUCUUGUAUUCUCUCCACUAUAUUCACUAUAAAUUUAGACAGCUUCAAAACAGUCUCUCCUCCUGUGUUUGGGCUCUGGACCCUUUAGCUUCCUUGACCAUCAAAUGUGCUUUUAGAUGUUGUUUUUUUCUGUCUAGGCUUGAUGUUGGUUCUAUGAA